UAAGCCUCUUAUAAAUAGCAUGGGCUACAACCAUUCUUUCACCAUGAAGAUCAUCCCCGGCAGCAAGGCCGAGCCGGAGAAAUUCUCCGGCACGGUCACGGAACACGAAAACCGCAACCGGGAGACGGUAAAAUUGGUGUACAAGGCAUUACUGCGUGAUGGCGACACGGAGAAGCUUGCGAAGGUGGUGAGGGCAGAGUUGGAAUGGUGGUACCACGGGCCUCCUCACUGCCAGCACAUGAUGAAAGUGUUGACCGGCGAGUCAACGACGGCACAAAAGGCCUUCAAGUUUAGGCCUCGGAGGAUCAGGGCCGUCGGUGACCGCGUGGUGGUUGAAGGGUGGGAGGGGGCGGGAGAGUACUGGGUGCACGUGUGGAGGUUCAAGCACGGGAUCAUUACUCAGCUGCGUGAGUACUUUAACACGUUGAUCACGGUGGUGCAUCGGGUUUCGGAGGACGGCGAUGAGGCUCGCUUGUGGCGGAGCACCAACCGAGUUCGGGUUCGGGUUCACGGGUCGUUGCCGGAUCUUGUGCUUUCCAUUUGAAUCAUAAGUACCAUGAGAAAUGUUAGUAAAGUAUUUUUUAAUAAAUAGUAUGUUAGAAAAAAAAAAUAUAUGUCACUUGCUAUCACUAUUUACGUAUGUGAUAUAAUCAGACAAGAACCUUGGAUCAUGAUGGAUGUGUUCUUAGUCAGUCACUUGUGGUGGGAGGAAUUGGUUUGGAGCUGUAACUUCAUGUAUGCCGAAAAGUUUAUGCAGUUUGCAGCAUAUAAAUAUCUUGAUGAUUUUAUGUUUUGUUUCAACUA